AUGGAUCCCGGGCAGCCUCAACCGCAGCAGCAGCCGCAGACAACGCAGUCCCCGGCCUCGCAGCAGCAGCCGUCGCAGCCCCCGGGCACAGUGUCGGGGGCCCCGGCCGGCGCGGCGCAGUCCCCAGGCGCGGGGCCCCCUCCGGCGGGGCACCAGAUCGUCCAUGUGCGGGGCGACUCGGAGACCGACUUGGAGGCGCUGUUCAACGCCGUGAUGAACCCCAAGGGCGCCAACGUGCCGCACACGCUACCCAUGCGGCUUCGGAAGCUGCCCGACUCCUUCUUCAAGCCGCCCGAGCCCAAGGCCCACUCCCGCCAGGCCAGCACUGAUGCAGGGACAGCAGGAGCCCUGACCCCACAGCAUGUACGAGCUCAUUCCUCUCCAGCAUCACUCCAGCUGGGAGCUGUUUCUCCAGGGACGCUUACACCCUCCGGAGUAGUGACUGGACCCGGAGCUCCAUCUUCACAGCAUCUCCGCCAGUCUUCAUUUGAGAUCCCUGAUGACGUACCUUUGCCACCAGGUUGGGAGAUGGCUAAAACACCAUCUGGACAGAGAUACUUCCUUAAUCACAUCGAUCAGACAACAACAUGGCAAGAUCCUAGGAAGGCCAUGCUUUCGCAGAUGAAUGUUACAGCACCCACCAGUCCUUCUGUGCAGCAGAACAUCAUGAACUCAGCAUCUGGCCCACUCCCCGAUGGAUGGGAACAAGCUAUGACCCAGGAUGGAGAAAUUUACUACAUAAACCAUAAGAACAAGACCACAUCUUGGCUAGACCCAAGGCUUGACCCACGCUUUGCCAUGAAUCAGCGAAUCAGCCAAAGUGCUCCAGUGAAACAGCCACCCCCUCUGGCUCCUCAGAGUCCCCAAGGUGGUGUGAUGGGUGGGAGUAGCUCUAAUCAGCAGCAACAGAUGAGGCUUCAGCAGCUACAGAUGGAGAAGGAAAGGCUGAGACUGAAGCAUCAAGAACUGCUGCGGCAGGUGAGGCCACAGGCAUUGCGGAAUAUCAAUCCCAGCACAGCAAAUUCUCCAAAACAUCAGGAAUUGGCUCUCCGUAGUCAGCUUCCAACAAUGGAACAAGAUGGUGGAUCUCAAAAUCCUGUUUCAUCUCCUGGAAUGUCUCAGGAACUGAGAACAAUGACUACAAAUAGUUCUGAUCCUUUUCUUAACAGUGGAACAUAUCACUCCAGAGAUGAAAGCACGGACAGUGGACUUAGCAUGAGCAGUUACAGUGUACCCAGGACUCCCGAUGACUUCCUGAACAGUGUUGAUGAGAUGGAUACAGGUGACAGUAUCAGCCAAAGUAACAUACCGUCCCAUCAGAACCGUUUCCCAGACUACCUUGAAGCCAUUCCAGGGACAAAUGUGGACCUUGGGACACUGGAAGGAGAUGGGAUGAAUAUAGAAGGAGAAGAACUGAUGCCAAGUCUGCAAGAGGCUUUGAGCUCUGACAUCCUUAAUGACAUGGAAUCUGUCUUGGCAGCCACCAAGCUAGAUAAAGAGAGUUUUCUUACUUGGUUAUAGGGGCCUCAGGGAGACUGAAUUCUAAAUCUGUGAAGGAUCUAAGGAGAUUAGGACAUCUGUAUCUGAAGUUCAGA